AUGAGAGAAGAUUUGAUUAUUUUAUUAAAACAGAUGGUAUGUUUAUACUUAGAAGAAAAUGCAAACAAAGCUGAAAAUCCAAGCAUGAUACCUUCAGAAGCAACUCAAAUAAGACGCAAAAGGAAGGCCGAAAAUGGUCCUGCUAUUAGCACAUGGAUUGGAAUAUGCCAAUGUCCAAAGUUAGCAAAGUUCAGGCAUUCUGACAGCACAUCAUGCGAGCCUUCAGGGUCAGCACUGUCAUUAUUAUCAUUGAUAUCACCUUCAUCUACACCAUUUGCUUCAACAUCAGAGUCCAAUUUAACAUUUGAUAAAAGAUCAUCAUCAAUUGAUGUUGAAUUGUUGAGUGAAGAAGAACAGUCUGCAGAAAAACCUUUUAAAUCUACAAUAACAGGAAACCUUAUCAGAACAUUGUUAAUUCAAGUACAAAAAACAAAAGUAGAUUUAGAAUUAGCCAUGGCAGCUUUAGAUAAAUUAUUGAAAUCAAAUGAAUUGAAUUUUGCUUUUUUAGCAGUUGGUCCGAGUCUUUUUGUUGUUUAUUUAUUGUGUAGUUGGAUGGAAAGAAUUUGGUGGAAUAAAAAUAAUUGGGUUGGUAAACUUCAGGGAACAAAUGCUCAAAUGAGAGAAUCUUUACGACAAGCUGAACGAAUACUUGUUAAGAAUUACAAUUCAACAAAAUUAACUUAUACAGCACAUGGACUUUUGCUUUGUCACGUUCAUCAUCUUAGAAUCUAUUCAAGUUAUUUGCCAUCCAAAAAUAGUUUGCAAACUCGAUUUCUCAAUGAUCUUCGUGAUUUGGAUAAUCCUAAUAAACAUAUGGGAUGUGAUCAU